AGGGCUAAGCUUAAUUAAGGUUUGCUGAAUAUCAUCGAGUUAUAGCUUUACAUUACACACGUGGUUAAUCUUCAGUUGCACAAUAAUGCACGUUAACAAGGGCAUGCCAACCAUGCCCGCCGGCGUCUCGGUUGCCGCCGCCGGAUGCUGUCCCACCGCUACGCCGGCGAACGAGGUCGUCGAGGACAUCUUCGGCCUCGUGCGCGUCCUAAGCGAUGGCACCGUCGUCCGGUCGCCGGCCGGCCCGGUGUUCUGCCCGACCACCUUCCCUGAGAACCACCCGUCCGUGGAAUGGAAGGAGGCCGUCUACGGCAAGGCCAACAACCUCCUCGUCCGCAUGUACAAGCCGUCAGCGUCGCCGGCCGGCGGGAAGAAGGCGCCGGUGCUCGUCCACUUCCACGGCGGCGGGUUCUGCAUCGGGUCGUGCACGUGGGGCAACGUGCACGCGUUCUGCCUCCGCCUCGCCGCGGACACUGGCGCCGUCGUGCUGUCCGCGGGGUACCGCCUCGCCCCCGAGCACCGCCUGCCCGCUGCCGUCGACGACGGGGCCGCCUUCAUGCGCUGGCUGCGCGAGCAGUCGUCGUCGUCGUCCGACGCCUGGCUCACCGAGGCCGCCGACUUCGGCCGGGUGUUCGUCACCGGCGACUCGGCGGGAGCAACCAUAGCGCACCACCUCGCCGUGCGCGCCGGCGUCGGCGUGGCGACCGACGACGCUGGUGAAGCCGCCGGCGAGGCGGACCAGGUGACGAUCCGUGGCUACGUCCUUCUGCUGCCAUUCUUCGGCGGCGUCGAGCGAACGCCGUCGGAGCAGGCGGAGUGUCCCGCCGGCGCCGGGUCGGUGCUGAGCCUGGACGUGCUGGACCGGUUCUGGCGGGUGUCGCUGCCGGCGGGCGCCACCAGGGACCACCCCGUGGCGAACCCGUUCGGGCCGGACAGCCCGGAGCUGGGCUCGGUGGACUUCCGCCCGGUCCUGGUAGUGGUCGCCGGCCUCGACCUGCUGCGCGACCGCGCCGUCGGCUACGCCGGUCGGUUGGCCGCGGUGGGCAAGCCCGUGGAGCUCGUUGAGUUCGCCGGCGCGGCCCAUGGCUUCUUCCUGCACGAGCCGGGCUCCGAGGCGACUGGCGAGCUGAUACGUGCCGUGCGCCGGUUCGUUGACAGCUGUGUUGUUUCAGCGUCCGAGGCUGCUGCUGCUUGAUGUGUGCAGUGCUACGAUAAUUGGACACCGGAGCGCGAGUACGAGUGCAAUUUGGCUUUGUCUUGUAUUUUAACCGUUACGCCAUGGAAUCAAAUUAGUGUGUCUGGGUCGUUGUGGGCUUCAUUCAGGCCAAUCAGCUGGGCCGGGAGCUAGGCCGCUCGGCUCCCGCAUCCAAUGCCUGGAUGCUUAAGCCGCUGUGAUUUCCUUUCUUCUUAAUAACAAUGAUGAUGAUGAUGCACGUUUGCAUGGG